AUGCAAGAGGAAGCAAAAGAACGGGACGAGAUUUCCAUGUCGGGAGAGACUAGAGUCGGUGAGGACUCGAACGGGAGUCAGGAGCAUGACCUCCUUGACUACUCGCCACAGGAGCUCUCCAAUACUGUGAGAACUCUUUCACACCGGAUCAGUAUCCAGGACCCAUUCAACACCAAGGACCCGAACUGGACCCUCGAACGCGCCCUCGCAAAAACUAUCCAGACCGCUCGGAACGAGGGACUUCCGCCGAUCACGCUACAGAACUCGGUACGCUGGAGAGAUGUCCAAGUGUUUGGGGAAGGCGUCGAUGUUGCGUUCCAACCCGAUGUUACCUCGAUCUUCACGGACCCGAUCAAGGCCUUGACGAAAGUGUGCCGGCGCCCCCCGGAAAGACAGAUUCUCCACGGCAUCACCGGUUUAGUGAAGGAGGGCGACAUGCUCCUUCUGCUUGGACGCCCUGGCGCCGGAUGCACGACCUUGCUCAAGACACUGUCGGGUCACACUGAGGGAUUCACGCGUUGGCAUGGCGACAUCACGUAUCACGGUGUACCCAUCGAGAUCAUGAAAGAUCGCUUCCGCGGUAACGUGGUCUACAAUGCCGAUGUGGACUGCCACUUUCCCCAUCUCACCGUUGCGCAGACGCUUGACUUUGCAUUGAGCACGAGGACACCGCACCGGAGAAUGGCCGGCCUCUCGCGGGACGAGUACAUUGUCAAAAUGCGAAACAUUCUGGCUGCUACGAUGGGUCUGACGCAUACAUUGAACACGAAAGUUGGAAAUGACUACAUCCGAGGUGUGUCUGGAGGCGAGAGGAAGCGAGUUUCGAUUGCCGAGAUGAUGGCAACCAGAGCUUCCGUUAUGUACUGGGACAAUCCGACUCGCGGUCUGGAUUCUUCAACAUCUCUGGAAUUUGCCCGUAGUCUCCGAGUUGCCACAAAUCUUACCCGGAAUGUCGCCAUGUCGGCACUCUACCAGCCCGGUGACGGACUCGUCGAUGUCUUUGACAAAGGCUUGGUCAUGUACAAUGGCCAUCAGAUUUGGUUCGGAGAUCUGCAAGUGGGAAAAGCAUUCUUCGAAGACAUGGGCUUCUACUGCGCGCCUCGUGCUACCACGGCAGAGUUUCUGACAUCCAUCACGGACUCGGUUGCACGUCAGGUCCGUCCUGGUUACGAAGAUAUGGUUCCUCACACGCCCGAAGAAUUUGCGUUGAGAUGGAAAGAAAGCGUUCACUACCGCCGUUUGAUGGACGAGAUCGAGGAACAUGAGCGCGAAUUCCCGCGAGACCAUCAUGAGACUCUUGACACUCUGCACGAGCAUCAAAUGUCCGAGAAGGCUCCUCUUACUCGCAAGCAGUCUCCGUACACUCUGAACCUGUGGAUGCAGUUCGCAGUCACAGCCAAACGAGCUCUGCAGAGGAUGCAGCAAGACCGAGUCUACACCAUCGCUAUGAUCUUCACGAUGAUUGUCACUGCUGUGGUGGUCGGCUCCAUGUUCUACGACAUACCCGAGGACACGUCAGGCUUUUUCUCCAAAGGCGGCGUCAUCUUCUUCUCCGUCCUCUUCAACAUCAUCAUCAAUUUUGCCGAAGUCAGCGCGCAGUUCUCGCAGCGGCCAAUCGUCGAGAAGCACAAGUCUUUCGCCAUGUACCACCCAUCCGUCGACGCCCUAGCCACCAUGAUGACGCAGUGGCCGAUGAAACUGAUCAACGUUGCGAUAUUCAGCGUCAUCAUCUACUUCUUGGCCAACUUCAAGCGGGAGGCGGGUGCUUUCUUCCUCUUCCUCGUCUUCAACUUCCUCAUCUCCGUAACCAUGAGCGGAUUUUUCCGGACGGUCGCCACGUUGGUGAACACAGUCGAGGCCGCGCUAGGUGUUUCCGGUGUGCUGAUGCUUCCUCUUGCCGUCUAUGCUGGCUACGUCAUCCCGCGACCCUCUAUGCAUCCAUGGUUCAAAUGGAUCAGCUACAUGAAUCCGAUCUACUACGCUGUCGAAUCGCAGAUGAUUGUCGAGUUCCACGGAAGACAUUCGCCCUGUACCGUCAGCAUGGUCCCGUCUGGUCCUGGCUUCGAGAACGCCGGGCUCGACCAUCAGAUAUGCGCAGUGACUGGCGCGAAGCAAGGGCAGUCGUACGUUUUGGGAGAUGAUUACAUUGAAACGUCUUUCGAUUAUUCCUAUUCGCACCUCUGGCGUAACCUCGGCAUCUGCAUCGGCUUCUUCAUUUUCUUCAUCUUCACCUACGCCAUUGCCGCCGAGUACAAGCAGAUCCCCACGUCAAAGGGCGAGUUCCUCAUCUUCCACCGAGCCAAUUUGGGUUUUGGACGGGCCCGCAGCAAGAGCAGUGCCGACAGAGACGUCAAGAGCACCCUGCAGAAAUACCUCGGAGAGGGACAGAGCGUGGACCCGGCCGCCGUAGAGAAGAGCGAGGACGUCUUCACUUGGAACCACGUCAACUACGACGUGGACAUUAAGGGCGAGACACGCCGACUCCUCAAUGAUGUACAGGGCUACGUCAAACCCGGAACCCUCACAGCGCUAAUGGGAGAAUCAGGAGCUGGCAAGACGACUCUCCUCAACGUGCUGGCACAGCGUAUAACCACAGGUGUCGUCAGCGGCGACGUCCUCGUCAACGGUUCUCCGCUCGACCGGUCUUUCCAACGAAGGACCGGCUACGUGCAGCAGCAAGAUAUCCAUCUAGCCGAAUCCACCGUCCGCGAGGCUCUCCGCUUCUCUGCGUUGCUUAGGCAGCCAGACGAUGUUCCAGUCCCGGAAAAAUACGACUAUGUGGAGAAAAUCAUUACUGCGCUGGGGAUGCAGAAGUAUGCGGAUGCCGUCAUUGGUGUUCCCGGAGAAGGUCUCAACGUCGAGCAGCGGAAGAGGACGACCAUCGGCCUUGAAUUGGUUGCCAAACCCAGCCUUCUGUUGUUCUUGGAUGAGCCGACCUCCGGUCUCGACUCGCAAUCGGCUUGGGCCAUCAUCAAGUUUCUGCGUGAACUGGCAGAUGCCGGACAGGCGAUUCUGUGCACCAUUCACCAGCCGUCGGCUUUGUUGUUCGAACAGUUCGACCGCAUGCUGCUGUUGGCGAAGGGCGGCAAGACAGUGUACUUUGGCGAUCUCGGACCGGACUCCAGGAUCCUGCGGAAAUACUUUGAACGAAACGGCGCCAGACAUUGCGAGGAGCACGAGAACCCGGCCGAAUACAUUCUGGACGUCAUCGGCGGCGCCGCCGCCUCGGCGCAAGGAACGCAGAAGUGGGCUGACACAUGGCUGAAAUCCCCAGAGUACAAGACCACCGUGACCGAGAUCCAACAGCUCGAGGCUCCGAGCAGAAGCAGGGCCAACGCCAAUUUUCCUGCCGAAGAGAUAAGCAGUUUCGCACUGCCCAUCCACAAGCAGUACAUGGCCGUGCAGAAGCGCCUCUUCCAGCAGUACUGGCGGUCGGCGUACUACAUCCAAGCCAAGAUCGUCACCUACAUCAUCGGCGGCCUCUUCAUCGGCUUCACGUUCUGGAAGGAGAAGACGUCUGUGCAAGGGUUGCAGAACAAGGUCUUCGCCAUCUACAUGAUGCUUCUGGUCUGCCUCGUCGUCGUCGUCCAACUCCAACCGCGCCUGAUCGCCUACCGCGAGAUCUACGACGUGCGCGAGCGGCACUCGCACAUGUACCACUGGUCCAUCUUCGUCGUCGCGUCCUUCAUCGUCGAACUCCCCUUCAACAUCGUCAUCGCGUCCCUCUGCUUCGUCGCAUGGUACUUCCCGAUCGACUGGCAAACAACCAUCUCCGCGGGGAGGGGCGCGACCAUGUGGCUCAUCUUCCUCGUGUACCAGCUGUACCACUCGUCCUUCUCGCAGAUGAUCACCAUGGCCGCGCCCAACGCCGAGACGGCGGCCAUGCUGACCAUCCUCUUCUACACCUUCAUCCUCGCCUUCUCCGGCGUCGUCCAGCCGCUCGUCCAGCUGGUCAAGUUCUGGCAUUUUGCGUAUUACGUCUCGCCCUUCACCUGGCUCGUCUCGGCGCUGAUGGCGACGGGUACGCACGGCGUCGCCGUCGAGUGCUCGGCUGUCGAGGUCAACGUCUUCCAGCCGCCGCAGGGCAUGACGUGCGGGGCGUACGCGGCGCAGUUCGCGGCCGCGGCGGGCGGCGCGAUUUACAACCCGGAGGCGACGAGCGAUUGCCAGUAUUGCAGGUACGCGAUGGCGGAUGUGUUUUUGCAAGGGUUCAACAUGAUUUGGGCGGAUCGGUGGAGGAACGUUGGCUAUCUUUGCGCGUAUACGGCGUUCAAUGUUUGUGCGUUUUUCGUGGCGUACUACCUGCAUUCCGAGGUAGGCUUUGGGAACAUGGCUGGGGCUGUGAGUAGAUUGGUACGGUUUCGCAAGACGGGGGAAAAAUAA